CUGACAUCCAUAUUUGGGUGCCGGGUGCGCGUAUAUAAAGCAGAUACAUCUCAGCUAAUCCAGAGCAUUUGGUCUUCAGUAGCCUUUGGAUAAAGGAGUUCUGGACCUUAGUCAAAUCAACAUGAACACUUUGGUGUUACUAUGGACCUUGGUGGCAGGAGCAACCGCCAGCAACUUUUACCAUGGUUUAUUGGGGUAUUCAGGAAUUGUCAACCCUGAUGGAAACAACGUCCAAUUCACCCGUGAACAAGCAGACAACAUCGUGCUGGUUGGACCUUCUGGAGCCGUGACAAGGGAUGGCAAGAACUUCCAACUUGUCCCUGACUCUCACAGAACCAAACGCUCCAACUUCUAUCAAGGCUUGUUGGGUUACUCAGGAAUUGUCAGCCCUGAUGGGAACAACGUCCAAUUCACCCGUGAACAAGCAGACAACAUCGUGCUGGUUGGACCUUCUGGAGCCGUGACAAGGGAUGGCAAGAACUUCCAACUUGUCCCUGACUCUCACAGAACCAAACGCUCCAACUUCUACCAAGGUUUGUUGGGUUACUCAGGAAUUGUCAGCCCUGAUGGAAACAACGUCCAAUUCACUCGUGAACAAGCAGACAACAUCGUGCUGGUUGGACCUUCUGGAGCCGUGACAAGGGAUGGUAAUAACUUCCAACUUGCCCCUGAUACUCACAGAACCAAACGCUCCAACUUCUACCAAGGUUUGUUGGGUUACUCAGGAAUUGUCAGACCUGAUGGGAACAAUGUCCAAUUCACCCGUGAACAAGCAGACAACAUCGUGCUAGUUGGACCUUCUGGAGCUGUGACAAAGGAUGGUAAGAACCUGCAGCUUGUCCCUGAUAAUCACAGGGUCAAAAGAGGAGCUGGGUACGUCAAUGCCAAAGGAAGCAUUGGAUAUUCUGGCAUCGUGAAAACUGAUGGUACCAUCAGGCAGUUCUCUCAGGAUGACAUUGACAACAUUGUUCUCUUUGGACCAUCUGGUGUCGUCACCAAGGAUGGCAAAAACUGGCAAUUGGACGAGGACCUCAACAUCCAUCGUACAAAGAGGCACUUGAUUGGGCCAUCAGGAAUUAUCACUAGGGAUGGCACUCCCGUCCAAUUCAAGAAAGCAGGAGCUAAGAUUCUUCUUGAAGGACCAUCUGGAAUCAUAUUGUCAGAUGGUAGUUUAGUACAGCUCCGCUCUUAAUAUUCCACAGAUAAAUAAACUGUAUCUGUUGGGACUUGAAUAAUGUCAGAAACAGACACAUAGUAUGCUAGUCCAAUUGCAGCAGUAAAUUUAGUUCUUUCCAACUGGAGUAAUUUCAUAAAACCAAACAAUGUAACAAAGCUAAAAAUUUAGCACACUCUUCACCCUGUAUGUGCCAAUCUUUUUCUUCUCUGAAGUGCUCAUUUGUUGAUACAUGACUUUGCUAUUAGGCUGUGCUCUCUUUAUGUAAUAGAUAUAUUUCAAUAAAAUUAUACUAUACAAAAGAAAAA